ACAUCCUCCACUCCCAUUGGCUCUCUCUCUUCCACUUGCACCUGCACUGUCUUCUUGCUGCUGUGCGGUGUGGUGCAGUAACAGUAGCCAGUCUUUCUUUCAAGGUUGAAACAGUGUGCGAAAAUGAACCCACUUUUGUAGCGUUUCUUCUUCUUCCACUCAAUGAUUUGACUUGACUCACUUUUUUAUUAAUUACCCACCAUCUCUCUCUCUCUCUCCUCUCUGGUUUUCUUGUUUCUUCGAACUCCUUCUUCACUAUAGUUACCCUCUCAAAAAAUGGCUCACCUUUACCUUCUAUCUAUUUUUCUUUCCCUUCUUCUCUCCAUUCCCCGCUCCCUCUCCACCAACUCUGAAGGAAAUGCUUUGCAAGCUUUAAGAAGUAGGCUUUCCGAUCCAACCAAUGCGUUGCAGAGUUGGGACCCAGCUCUUGUCAGUCCCUGCACCUGGUUCCAUGUCACUUGUGAUUCCAACAAUCAUGUUACCCGCUUGGAUUUGGGUAAUUCUAAUAUUUCUGGAACUUUGGGACCAGAGCUUGGACAACUCAAGCAUCUAAAGUACUUGGAGCUUUAUAGGAAUGAUAUAGGAGGGAAAAUUCCCAAGGAGUUGGGUAAUUUGAAAAACCUUGUUAGCAUGGAUAUGUAUGGCAACAAGUUUGAAGGAGAAAUACCUAAAUCUUUUGCCAAGUUGAAGUCUCUCGUAUUCCUUCGACUAAACAACAACAAGCUAUCAGGAUCUAUUCCAAGGGAGCUCGCAACUCUUAAGGACCUCAAAGUUUUUGAUGUUUCUAACAACAAUCUCUGUGGAACAAUUCCUGUUGAUGGCCCCUUCGCCUCGUUUCCGAUGGAAAGUUUCGCAAACAACAGGCUUAAUGGACCUGAGCUGAAGGGACUGGUGCCUUAUGAUUUCGGAUGCUGAAGACUGUAACCUUGAAACUUAUCUGAGAUAAUUUAGUGCCCCAUUACGAUACGUUGUUGACAAUGACAAUGGCACAUUGUUGAUGUCAGGAAAGUUGAUCGGGUAAGCAAAUAAAAUGGUUUUAUGAGAUCUGCAGUUGGCCAUAGACUCUUAGCCAACCUUCCCCAAUAAUUGUACUGGUGGACAGGGUACACUCAUUAUCAAUAUGUAAAACUGAGCAACGAAUUAGAUUGCUGCGCAACAUUUGCUAUAAAUUUGCUCUGUUUUAGCA